UCUAUUUCGAUUCGGCUUCGGCUUCUUUCCGUUUUUAAGUUGUAUUUAUUCGUAAAACUGCUCAUUCAUUUCGUUUGUUACGUUAAUAUUAAGGAUAUUAUGGUAAUGGAUGAAUAAUAUUUUAAAAAUGAAGUCCGUUGUGGCUUACGUGCGUAGUCUUCUUGGUUGGUGCGAUAGUGAACAAUCUUUGAGAACAAACUUGAAACGCGACAGCUUUUGAGUUUCAGAUAAACUGGGAUUAAAAAUAAUCACAACAUGUACAAAAUACCAUUACGUCUUGCUUCGAAGUUUUGGAUGACGGAUGACGACUCGUCGUCUGAUGAUGAUUUGCCCUCAUUAAAAAGGUUCAGACAAUUGAGGAAGACCAAUUUUCCAGAUGUCAUGUCAACAAACGAUCUUUCAGAAAUAAAGAGCGUUAAGUCAGCCAAGAAUGUACGAUAUGUCCCAAUUCAAAUAGAAUCAGGUCACCCCAGUACUUCAACACCUAAUGUGUUGCCUGUUAGAACACCAAACAGGUUCCGAUUGGUAUCAGAUAUAGUUGGAGAUAUCAAUAAGAACGGCUCAACAUAUUUAUUGAAAUCUAAAGUUAACAGUCCUGUGAGACAGGUGGUACAGGCUGUGGUAGAUGAUGAUGACGAUGAUGAAGAUCCAAAGGUAUCAUGGGUUGAAAGCAAACCGGAUACCAAAAAGACAGUAUACAUUAAUUUAGAUGAAGAUGAAAUUGAGAAAGAAGAUGAUGUUAUUCUGGUCAGAGAAGUAUCUCCACCAAAACCAGCAAAGCAAUACAAAUAUGUUUUAUCAAAUAGUGAGGAAUCUGAGACCAGAAGUAAUAAGCAGUAUUACAGGCUUACAAAAAUCAAAGACAAAGAGGAAAAAACAUCACCGCGUAUCCACAGUUUGAAAACACAUGGUGGUAUCAGUAAAUCUUACAAGAAGGUCACUCCUCUACCCAAUUGGAUGCAAAAACAAAAUUUGAAUCUCUCUCCAAAAAGAAACAGAUUCUCAAACUUGAAUGGUAAUGGUAGAACAAUGCUGUCUGAAGUGUUCAACUUGCAUGAAAAACGUAAUUACCAAGAAUUAAUUAGGCGUGUUGCGACCAGCACUACGCCUUUGACAUUUAGUAAACCUGUGGACAUAAUAAAUUUGGCAGAUGAAACUGCGUCAUUUCGUAAUACUUUAAAAUCACAGAAACGAUCAUUGAAUGAAUUAAAGUUAUUGGAAAAAGAUCUUAGUAUUAACAAACAGAAUCAAGAUGCACAGGAAUAUGAUCCUGUUACUGUUGCAUCACUUAAUCUGUCAGAUUCCGAUGUUGAAGUGGUACCAUCCGAGUGCUCGACUUCAUCCUCAACGAAAAUAGCUCCGGUGAAUUCUUUGCGUGACUCAUUACACGACAAAGACAUUGCAGCCAAAGACUGGCUACCUAAAUUACAUGAUAAAUAUAAAAAGAAGAAAGAAUAUACCAACAAGAAAUUAGAAAAUGCCCGUAGAGAGUCCGACAUCAUAUCCAAAGUAAACCAUGAACAAAGCAUAGCACUUAUAGCUAACAAGUUUAAGUAUGAAUUAAGUUUACCAGAGAGUUUGAUUGAGGAAGUUCCAGCAACUCCAGAUUUUCCUAAAUUGAGUCCGGAACAAGAGCAACUGAUCAAAAUGGCUCUGGGGCCAGGACCAUUGGACCAGGUGUUUGUGCAAAAAUUCCGUAUGAGCAUCCGCAGGCGAGAUCUACAAACAUUGUCUGGCCUGAACUGGCUGAAUGAUGAGGUGAUCAACUUCUACAUGGAGCUGAUAACGCAGCGGAGCGAGCAGCGUCCUGACUUGCCCAAGGUUCAUCACUUCAACACCUUCUUUUAUCCCAAAUUGAUGCGGCAGGGCCAGGCCGCCUUGCAGCGUUGGACUAAAAAGGUGGACAUUUUCUCGAAAGACAUAAUCUUGGUGCCGGUGCACUUGGGCGUCCACUGGUGCAUGAGCAUAGUGGACUUGCGGGCGAAGCGCAUCUCCUACCUGGACAGCAUGGGUGGCAGCAACCAGCCCUGCCUCGACGCCCUGCUGCAGUACCUCCGCGACGAGCACCAGGACAAGAAGGGACAGCCCUUCGAUGAUAAAGACUGGAAAACUGAGAACUUGAAGAACAUCCCGCAGCAGAUGAACGGCAGUGAUUGUGGCAUGUUCGCGUGCACGUUCGCGGAGUUCGCGUGCCGGGACGAGCCCUACAGCUUCACGCAGGCCCACAUGCCCUACCUCAGGCGGAAAGCUGCCCUUGAGAUACUGCGGGCAGAGCUACUCCUCUAAGUGACAGUGUAGUUUGUGUUCUUGUGAAUAUAAUGUUAUAAAUAUACGGAUAUUCUGAUUGUGUCCAAGUGAACUAAGGUGAGUGGUGAAUAUAUUCGUGAUUCAAUCUGUACGUAAACUCAAAUAAUUAUAAAUAUUGGUGUAUAAUAUAAUUCAACUUUCAUUUUCACAACCCAUGUAGAAAUGUUUCUUAUUUCAACAUUUGUCAGUUAAUAUUGUAUUGUUUAGCAAAGCGUUUACUUUACGAUAUACAGUCAAUCAACGUUAAUCAAAACUUUCCUAUCUUUACACCACCAGUAUUCUUACAACAAUCAAAACUGGUCCAAUCAGCAAAAGGAGAGUCAUAAUAAACUUUCUAUAGAAAAUAUUUUAAACUCAAUUAAAUAUAAUUAUUCCCACCUGGAUGUAAAGUUCACAACGGGACAAAUUGCCCAAUUCUCUCCUGGCAACACGACACUCAAUGUAGGUGUCGUAACUUCCGCAACUUAGCGUUUAUGAAGAUAUACUAAAGAAGGGGUCGAACUUUUCAUCCAGGUCAUAAAAAAUUGUUUACGCGCAACUCGCGUAAAGUAGAAAAUUGGCACCUACAAUUUACAAUAAUCCGCAGGUGAGAAUGUCCUAUGUUCUGUAGUAAAUAAAAGACUUAUCAAUUAGGUUCUUUGUUAGAAAUACUUACAAAUUGAUCCAUCAUUUUCCAUUACAAAUGAUAAUAGUGUUAUGUACUUGUGGCUAUGUUUUAUUAUACUUGAUAAUUGAUGUCAAAAUUCUGUUUUUCACAAACACAUAUUCAAAUUAAAUGUACUCACAAUUUCCAUAAUUCUGGGUUCCAAAGAAAAUUGUAUAGAUAGAUAUGUGUCAAUACAAAUGACACAGUAAUGGAACAAAACUCGGAAAGCUCUUUUUUUUGUGCUUUAAAAUUGUAUGUAUUGGUGUCUUACAUUCUAAAAUAUUGUGAAUGAAGCUGUAUGGGUUUGUAUAACUCAUUCUUCAACAUAUUUUCCUGGUCUUUGUGUUAAAUGAAUGUCCUGUUUAUGAACUAAAUUUAAAAUUGAACAAUUUGUGAAUAUU